CGACUAACCUCCGGUUAGCGGCUAGCCAGAGAAUGAAAACCUGGGCCCAAGCGCCAAGUCCCGAGUGGAAAGAUUUCGGCUUCUCGUAAAUGUAUGUACGUUCUGUGCGAAAGAAAUCGAAGAUGAGUUUAAAGCCUAGAAAAAUAGAAAAUCGAUAAAUUAAAGCCGUUUUAUUUUCACCCAGAGUGGUCGCGUGAAACGAGAAAAUCUUUAACAGUGUGGAGAAUGAAGUCUUAGCUUCUUUUUUUACGCGUGCAAAUAUCGUUCCAAUCAGCAUAUAUACACGUGGUUUCGUAGAAAAAUAUGUGAAAAAUGGAUCAAUAAGAUGGCAAUUGACAAGGCACGUAUUUCCCGCAGAGAAAUUGCAGGAUAAGCGCGACUCCAUUCGAGCGGUUCGCCAUCGGCACGGGCAGGCGUGUAAGUGGCUGGCACACGCGCCAGGUCAGGCCGCCAGGAAGGAAGGCAGCCGAUAAGUGGGGGAGAGGCAGCCGGACAAGUUCAGCAACGCGAAUAUCGAUUCAGUCUCGCGCAAACCACCCUUACGCGCACCCUUACGCUGUGGCCGUUGCAGCGGCGGCGACGAGCGGCGCGCUCGAGCUUCGCAUUUACCAUGCCCGCCGCUGACACGUAAACAGAGACGUGACGGCGGCAGUCGACGCGAAUAUCGGGCUGUCACCUGGUGACGAGGUGAUACCGCCGUCGAUGUCGGUCGUUCCGCGAAUUAUUACGUAGCGGGUUUGUCCCGCGACUAUUGAUUUUCGGACGACUCGUGUUUUCCUCUCGUAAACCGAGGCGGACUCGGGAGGGGAAGAAAAAACGAAUCGUCCAUGUAUCCGCGGUGCGACGCGAAUCGAGAGAGAGCGUGAAUCUCGGGCGGGCCUGCCAUCAUCCCCCUGAGAGCGCGCGGCGUCCUCAUUCGCGUGCGUUCGCGAGGGUGAGUUCGCGCCCGAGUUCGUCACCGAGGACAACCGAGUCGAAUAUGACGCGGAUCGUGUCGUAUUACUCUUGACUACGAGGCACGGGCGCCGAGAGACGUGACAACGAGUGCGGAACGAGACGCCGCGAGCCGUCGAGUGCCUCGUCGAGGCAUCAUGUCUUCGAUAUCGGCACAGGGCGUCGUCGAGCGUGCCAGCGCCGAACUGUCCAAACGAAUCAACGGCCUGGGAAUACGGACGAAGCAUGGAGUCAAAACGAGCGUCAUGGAACGCGUGACAAACGUCUUUUGCGGCGGCAGUGGUAGCGUUGCUUAUGUGAAUUUGCAAAGCGCGAAUAACGCGAACGCGACACCCGAGAAGCCCAGCCGAAGUGCCGCGCAGACCGUCAACAAUGUGCCAGCGGGCAACAAUAAGGAACGCAUGAAUAACGUCACCCCGAGCAGAACCAGGAUACCGAGGAACAGGAUGAAAAUAGCCGUUCCCUUGGCCAGUGGAGGAACCGGCGGCUACGUGCCACCGGCCACGUGGGAGCAGCUCAUUCAGGACGACAAUUUCCUCGGGCGAUUUUUUCUCUACUUUAACGCCACGGAAAGAAGAAUCUUGGCUCAGGUUUGCACGAGAUGGAGAGAUGUUCUGUAUGCGAGACCGCGUCUUUGGACGGGGCUGGUGCCGGUGGUGCGAUGCCGCGAGGCACGCGCUAUGCAACCGAACGCGCGUACUCGACUUUACGCUUCUUUCGUCAGAAGAGGCUUCGAUUCGUUAGUCCUCCUAGGUGCGACCGAUGAAGAUAUUCCGGAAUUAACACACGGUUUCCCCUUGGCCCAACGAUACGUGCAUUCUCUAUCGUUGCGAUGCUGCGCGGUAACGGACAGAGGUCUCGAAGCUCUCUUGGAUCAUUUGCAGGCUUUGUACGAGCUUGAAUUAGCCGGCUGCAACGAGAUAACAGAAGCCGGCCUGUGGGCAUGCCUUACCCCGAGAAUAGUGUCGUUGUCUCUGUCGGAUUGCAUCAAUGUCGCCGAUGAGGCCGUCGGCGCCGUGGCUCAGCUGUUGCCGAGCCUCUACGAGUUCUCUUUGCAAGCUUAUCACGUUACUGACGCUGCACUCGGUUACUUUAGUGCGAAACAAAGCAGCGCACUCAGUAUCUUGAAGCUGCAAUCCUGCUGGGAGCUCACAAAUCACGGCGUAGUAAAUAUUGUACAUUCCUUGCCCAACUUGACCGUACUAUCACUUUCUGGAUGCAGUAAAGUAACGGACGACGGCGUUGAAUUAAUCGCGGAAAACUUGCCAAGACUUCGUUCCUUAGAUCUCAGCUGGUGCUCAAGGAUUACUGAUGCAGCCUUAGAAUAUAUCGCCUGUGAUUUGAAUAAUUUAGAAGAACUCACGUUAGAUAGGUGUGUACACAUUACUGAUAUUGGCGUUGGUUACAUCUCCACGAUGGUUUCGUUGAGUGCUUUGUUUUUGAGAUGGUGUUCACAACUUAGAGAUUUCGGACUUCAACACUUGUGCGUCAUGAGAUCUCUACAAGUGUUGUCCGUGGCAGGUUGUCCAUUGCUCACAAGUAGUGGUUUAUCUAGUCUGAUACAGCUUCGACACUUACACGAGUUAGAACUAACUAAUUGUCCAGGAACGUCGCGAGAACUGUUUGACUAUUUACGUGAACAUCUACCACGUUGCCUAAUCAUUGAAUAAACAUUUGAUAAGAAUAUCUGCGAAUACAAUAUUCCUUUGUAUACAAAUGUAUGUGUCAAACAAAAAGGAUCGAGCAAAAACUACGAGAAACACAGAUCUUAAUUGAGAAAGUUCGCAGAAAGCAAUAUUUUGAAGGAAAGAUGGGAGCAGUACAACUGUUAGGAGCAGCAUAAGAAGCAACUGACGUCCAGAUAAUGAAGAAACACUACAUUUUCCUCUAAUGUAAUGGUCUAAGAGAACACUAGCCCUCGAUAUAGUAGAUAUAGACAUUUUUAAUACAUUUAUGUCCCAUGUAAUUCUGUUGGUAUUUUUUCAUUCUGCCAUGUAAUCGUGUUACGGGCAUAUAUACGAUCGCGAUUGUAUCUAUAUUGAUUAAACAAAACAGAAAGAAGACUCGUGCAUGUAAUGAUCGUGUACAGAAAUGAAUUCAAUAUUGUACAUUGGAAAAGAUUGACAAUGCAUCAGAAAAGAGAGAUCCUGAGGUGAGUCCUUCUUUUUGCCUCCUAGUAAUGUAGAAAGUCCGAAUAAACAUAUGGCAAGAGACUCAACAGUUAGAACUGUGAUAAAUUUAUAUUGUACAUAAUUCUAAUUGGUUCGCAUACAUUUGAACGAUUACAUCAUCAAACGCAUUUGACGGGCGCAACAGUCGCGAAGCAGUUGGGUAGUGAAUUUAGGAAUACGUACCGUUUACAUAUAGUUGUUACUCGAUUGUCACCCCCCGCCGUGAAAUGCGUCUAUCGAAUUGUCCAUUGUUCCAUUCUUUGCGAUUGUAGUUGCCGCAACACACUCCACACGUUGCUUGAAAGAAAGUAUUUAGCAGAUAUAUUACACGGAAGGUAACAUUCCAAAUCGUAUUACCCGGCAACCCAUUUCAUAAAUACAUGAUUCGUGUUAUUUGUUUGAUAUGUGUGUUAAUAGACAGAAAAUCAUGGCCCACAACUGUAGCAGUUAACGAUAACGUGGUAACAUCGUCAUCCGUAUAUUAUCUUCAUGUAUCCCUGUGCAAUCAAUGUUUCCUAAAUUUAAGACUUUUUACUAGCUGUAUUCUUUGUGGUUUCCAACCAAGUAUGUAUUAAUGUAACACAUAAUUAGAUAUCGUAUUUUAAGUGGAUAAUAAUUUUAAUAAUUUAUUACGUACGUCGGUAUGUGUCGGUAUUAUAUUUUUUAUUGGUAUACA